AUGUAUGGCAUGAACGUGUUCGGCGAAGAAUUCGCUGAGAAAACAUGGAAAAUAAGGCAGAAAAGGCGUCCUGAUCCACACUACAUGGGAAAAGUGUUGAGUACUUUGCGCCAGAUCGUGAGAGAGUGGAGUCUCGAAGGUAAAUCUGAACGUGACGCCACGUUUAUGCCUCUUGUGGAGGUGUUACGGAAAAAAUAUCCUGACCGGAACAUGAGAGAAGCAGUGAAAAUAAUGGUGCCCGGCUCUGGGCUUGGUAGACUGGCCUUUGACCUAGCAGAGGAAGGAUUUACCGUGGAAGGCAACGAGUAUAGUAUGAUCAUGUUGAUGACAUCAUCAUUUUUGUUGAACGGCUGCCUGAAG